CUUGAUGCACAUCGAUUUUAUAACAGAUGCAGCGAAGCGUUUGAGAAGCUAUGCUCAAUUUGGUCAUAAUUUAUUUCGGAAGGUAGUUUUCAACAGCAUUCAUUUUGAAUUUUAGAUUAAAUUUCUGGAUCGAGUUGAUUUGUAUAGAUUCUCGAUGAGAAAGUGAAAUUCGGAAGUGAUUCAUAUUCCUUUUUAGAACGAUUAUUAGACAUUUCAACAGAAAAUCAAAAUUUUACCCAUGACGAUGUAAUCGCUGAAACAUCAACAAUAUUAACCGGCUUCUUAGGCAACUGACACAUCAACCGCUGCAUCAGCAUUUGUUGCUGUCAUGUUAACUCUUCAUCCAGAAUAUCAAGAGAAAGUAUUUCAAGAAAUUUUAACGGUGAUGCCACACAUAGAUACCGAAUUAACAAAAGCGGAUCUUGAUAAACUCGAAUUUAUCGAUUUAUGUAUUCGAGAGACAUUGCGAAUAUUUCCAACUGCUCCAAUUAUCGCCCGUACUUCAAUCAAACCGAUAAAAUUGAAUAAUAAUGUUGAAAUUCCGCCCGAUGUACCAAUUGUAUUUGGAAUACGUCAACUUCACAUUCGUGAAGAAUACUAUGGGCCAACAUCAAGAAUAUUCAGUCCAUAUCGAUUUAUGGAUGAAAAAGUAAAAACUCUACCAAGCAGCGCUUAUGUCCCAUUCAGUUACGGUGCGAGAAAUUGUAUUGGUUAUUUUUAUGCAAAAGUGUCGGUGAAGUGUUGUGUCGUGCACUUGAUCCGGAAUUAUCGACUCACCACAAUCUACAAAAACAUUGAUGAAAUGAAACCGGUGCUUAAUGUGAGCAUGCGAUUAAUCGAUAAGAACAUGGUAAUACUGGAGCGUAGAAAAUGAAACAACAGAAACAAUAAAAAUGCACUUGCAACGAUUAUUGAUGUAAUGCGGGUAUGCGGUUAAGCUGAAUGGCAACAAUCGAUAUAAUUGCAGCAAAUGCUGUCACUAUAUGCUUGCACAUAUCUAGCGAUAAAAAAAAUUAAUAACACGCAGUAAAUCAUCGAUGAUAACCAUAAUUAUUGUCAUAAAAGGCGUUACUUUUCUAUCGCUCUCUCUAUCUUCCCAUAAAA